CUUUAAUCAAUUUUAAAAGUUGAAAAAUAAACGACUUUUUAAAAUUCAAACCAACAUUUUUAAACUACAACAACAAAGUUUGUGGAAAGUCAACAAAAAGAAAAUUAUUAAUUAUAGCCGAAAAUAUGGUGAAAAACGGAAAGAGGAAAAUUUUGAAGGAAAAUGAGGAAAGUACAGACUUUAAAGGAUGGAAAAUAGUAGAUUCAAAUUCAGGACCGUCAACAAAAAUGUCUAAACUACUUCAAUGGACAGAAAUUGACAUUAAAAAUGAUGAAACUGAAGUUUCACUAAAUGAAUCAUUAAUUAAGGAUGAUUUCAUCAAUAACUUUACUGACAGCUUUAAAAAAAGGAAACCAAUGAAGAUAACUAAUGUACAGCUACUAAAUGACCCAUUUCAAGUAGCUGUAGUCAACAAUUUACUUAAAGAUCCAGAAUUGAUUCCAAAAUUAGUUGAGGAAAUGGAAAAUAUUGAAUGGAAUAAGAAGCAAAUGGAUUUAUAUGAAUUCUAUCAGUCUACAGACUUAGUCAAUGUGGGAUCUCCAUAUAUAUCUAGUUUCUACAAGUUUAUUACAAAUGACAUGAAAGUUUGGAUGGAAAAAUUGACAGGAAUGAAGAUCCAGAAAGUCUCAAUGUCCUGCUCAAUGUAUAAUUGUACAAACUUCCUCUUAUCACACGAUGACUUGCUAUCUGAUCGGCUAAUUGCUUAUGUGUUUUAUUUAUCUCCUUGGAAAGAAGCAAAUGAAUGGAAUGAGACAAUGGGCGGUGCCUUAGAAGUCUUUAAAAGUGACAGUAAUGGACAGCCACAAUAUCCAGCAUAUAAAAAGUUCUUCCCAUCAAAUAAUCAGCUUGCAUUCUUUAAAGUCGAAAAAAAGUCACAUCAUCAAGUUGGAGAAGUUUUAACGAAAGACUAUCCAAGAUUAACAAUUCACGGCUGGUUUCAUGGUUUUAAAGACAAUGUCGAUUAUGAUGCAGAUGCUGUAAAAAUCAAAAGACCAAAUGUACCGAUUUUUAAGUCACCAAAUAGCUUAGCAUUUGUAAAUUCUAAAAUAAUUAACAAAAAUUAUUUAAAAGAUUCGAUUAAGGCUGAAAUACAGCAACAAAUUGAGGAUAAUUCAGAAGCUGGACUUGGUGAAUUCUUGACUGAUGAGUUUUUAGGGAAUAUUCAAAAGGACUUGACUAAUUCAAGCUUAAAAUGGACUACAAAAGGUCCAGCAAAUCAACAAAAUUAUGAAAUCCUCGAUGUUCAGUCAGUGCCAAAAAGUUCAAGCUUAAAAGAAUUAAUUUCACUGGUUGGUUCCAAGCAUUUCUUCAAACUUCUUCAUGAAUACACAGAACUAGAUGUGUAUGGAAAGAAUGCAAAGUCACCAACAUGCACUGUUGAGUUCCAGCGAUGGAAAGGAGGCUGUUAUGCCUUAAUUAAUGAUCCAACAACUUAUAGCGAUGACUCGCUGGAUCUUAUUCUUAAUAUUGGACAUAAUGAAGGUGUUGGUACUAUAACAUACUUAGUUCCUGACAAGCAGGAUAACGAUUCAACUUCGGACUAUGAAAAUGAGGAGGAUGACUCGGUUCUUUUGACAAUUUAUCCACAAAAUAAUUUUUUAAAUCUAGUUUAUCGUUCAGCUGGAACUGCCAAAUUUACAAAAUAUUGCUAUAAAUCAGCAAUCAUGGACAAUGAGUUUUUCAAGAUUUGCUCCACAAUAUCCUACAUCGUUGUUAUAUUCGUAAUUGGACUUCCGAUGUGGUGGAAGUCUACAGAAAUCCACAGAGCAGCUCUCCCGUCUGAUGAAAUAGCUGUGCUUGAUAAAACUCCAAUAACAUUUACCAUGAAAAUUGGAAUCUUUAUCGGCAAUGAUGAGAGACAAAAGACAGUCGUAGAGGAACUUGAAGUAUUUUUCAGGAACAAUGACAUGUUUAAUGCCAUCCUAAUCCCUAUUCAAGUUAGUCAAUCAGAUAUUUCAAAUAUUCGCACGCCUGGAAGUCUAGAGAUAAUGUUAAACAAAUAUUAUGUAGCAAAGCCUGGAGACUUACUCGUGGCUGAGUGGAAUAAUCUUCAGGAUGAUGUACUUGUAACAAAUGAGAGGACAUUAUUUGUAUCGCCAAAAGCUUCAUCACAAAAAAUCUAUGAAGUAAUCAGAUCCUGGAUAGUCAGAGACUACAAAAUUCGUUCAAUUCUCGGCCAAGUCAAGACAUUUGAUGGAAAGCAAUUAAGGCACAACUUCCCACCACCAUCACCUGAAUAUGAAAUAAUGCUGUCAAUUCUUAAUCCAAAGCCUGAUCUUCAAACACUUUACUGGAAUGUGAAGAAGGCAACUGAAGAUUAUUUACAGCCAUUCCUUAAAGAGUUCAGUGACUUGUCAGACUUUACAAUUAAGUCACAAUGGAAGUAUCAAGUUCAGCUUAAAUAUGACAGUAAGCAGAUCAAAGAUUCAUCAAAAGUUGGACGACAUUUUGCAAUGGACAAAGAUUCACUUCCACAUAUAAUCACGUCAAUUGAGAGGAAAUUGGGAACUGAUGUCGCUAAUAAGCCAUGCAUUCAUCUCGUUGUCUAUGCUCCACCUUGUAAUUCAGCACCUGUUUACAUCUAUAAAGAUUCAAAACGUGUGUCAAAUUUAACAUUUGAUUCCUUUAUAUCCGCAAAAUGGGGUGGAAUUGUCAUUGCUAAUCCACCAGACACAACAUGCUCGGUUAUAUUAAGUGAGGAUGAUGGAACUAAACCUAAAGAGAUCUAUUUACAUUCACAUGCUAUUAUGGACUUUGUGCUGUAUGAAUUGAGGAAGAUUUUUGAGCUGGAAGUGGAAGUUCCGAUUAAUAAUGCAGCACUUGUCAGUUUAGAACAAAUUACGCCAAGAUUGUGGGAAAAGGACAUGUACUUAAGGAAUGGUGCUGUACAUUUGAUUGCAUCUGCUUCGUCUACGUUACAAUCAUUAAUUAAGCUACUCGAUGACAUAAAAAAUAUCGUAAUCGGAGAUCAUGUUGGACAUGAAAUUUAUGCUGCAUAUGAAAAUGUCUUAAAAGCUAAGGAACAUCUUGCAAAUAAUGAAAUUAAUAAGGCUGUUAAGCAUGCAAGAAUUGCAUUUAUUGCUGCUGAAAAAGCAUUUAAUGAUCCAAGUUUAUUGGAACUGUUGUAUUUCCCAGAAGAACAAAAAUAUGCCAUUUACAUUCCUUUAUAUCUCCCAAUCAUGAUUCCUGUAAUAUUCAGCUUUAAUUCAAUUAAAAAAUAUUUUAAGAAAAAGAAGGAACAAGAUGUGGAUGAGAAGGAUGAAGUGUCCAAAAAGGAUAACUAGACUGUCGAUUUUGUACCAAAAAAAAUAUAAUUUCUUAAUAAAAUUUACUUUAUUUUAAGCUUGAA